CAACCAGUCUGGAACAAAUAGAACAGGGCAGCUACAGAUCCACUUUACAGUGAAUGCACAACCGACAAUAGACUAGAACUGUUCAUCAGACAAAUUGAUCACAGCUAAGGACAAUAAACUAAAAGAUGAGGUUUCUGACUGUCUGGCUUGUUUUGAUGAUGUCACUGGGGGUCACGCUCUGUGCUUCAGAAGACCCGACCACUGACAUCUCAGAGGACACCCUUAAGCAGCUGUCUGAUAUUGGUGAGAAGCUUGUGGGUGAAGAGGUGCGCAAAGCUGUGUAUGGAGUUAAACAGAUGAAGGAGGUUCUGGUGAAGAAUGUGGAGAAACAUGAACACCUCAUGAAGUCUCUCCGACACAGCAGUGACAAGAAGAAGGAUGCAGCCCUGCUAACCCAGGAGGUGGCACUAAAGCUGGAGGAGGCAGAGCAUCAAUGCCAGGAGUCACUGAAGGAGGAGUGGGAGGCAUGUCGCCCAUGUUUGGAGGAUGCCUGCAAGUCUUUCUACACCUCCACCUGCAGACGGGGAUUCAGCUCCUUCCACACCAAGGUGGAGAACUUCUUCCGCAGAGUAUCGUCCCGGCUUGGCCCACAGGACCAGCGCCCAUUAGAUGGAGAUGUGUUGGUGAAUCAAAGUGCUGAUAACUCUGACCUUGAUGUAGUCCGUAUAGAAGACUCUUUCAACCGUCUCAUCGCAAAGGUGGGCAACCUGUUUGAGCGCAAAAUGGUGCUGAUUGACAAGAUAAAAGGGAAGCUGGAACAGGUUCUGCAAAAGGCCUGGGGCGAGCAGGUCAGCCAGGACCCUUUCUCCCCAGAGGCAGACUCAGGCUUCAUCCAUGGUGUGGGGCUCGAGGAUGUGUUGGAUUCCUUCUUUGACUUUGGAAAGAGCAUCAUGGAGGAGUUUGGAGCCGUAGUAACCCAAGUGUUUGAUGACCUGAAUGGGACUGCUGAGGAGAAGACAGAGCGGGAGCUGCUACCUCGGUUCCUGCAGAACAGGAAGUUGUGUCGGGAGCUGAGAAGACAGACCUCUGAGUGCUGGCAACUGCAGAAUCAUUGUCAGUCCUGCCAGGGGGCGCUGCUCACAGAUUGCCCCAGUGUUCGGGACCUGCAUCUGGAGAUGGAUGAGGUGGCUCAGCUGCUACAAGUGUCAAAGGAGGAGUAUGACGAGGUCCUGGGCAUUGUACAGCAGCAUGCAGACCAGACUGUGAGCUGGCUCAGCAACAUGGCUUCUGACUUCAGCUGGGUGACGGUCAACAACAACAACAACAACACAUUUGAUAAUGUGUUCCGCAUCAGACAGGUGCUCUCAGAGGGUGGUGCUGGAGACACCAAAGUGGAGGUCAACAUCCUGGACUCUCCUCCUUUCCUCCUGAGUGUCCCAGCUGAACUGAAGUUGCAGGACCCUUCAUUCAUCCAACAUGUUGCUCAGGAGGCCCUGGGUUUGUACAAGCAGAUGGUCAGAUAUGAAGAUGACUGAACAUGCAGGAAAAGGUCCAUUUACAGCUGUUAUAUCCUUGUUAUCAGACAGAUUUGUUGUUUGUUAAGUUUAAUGUGUAGAUUGUAAACAAAUGUAAUUCAUGUAGAGACAGCUUACUGUAUGAUAAUGAAAAACAUAACAUAUGAAAUUGAAUGAAGUACCUGUUAUAGGUUGUCACAUGAUAUUUUGAACUGUACAACUACAAUCUGGAAUUAAAGUACUAGAUAUUUGUUUGACACAUUGAACUAUGCAAAAAGUAAUCUGAUGAAAAUAAAUAUUACUGGGAACAAUAAA